GGGCCGCCGAGUCAGUGCCGAGUGAGGGGCCGUCGUCCCGCCGCCCCGGGCCGGCCCCCUUUUUCCGCGAACUCGAGCCGCCCGCCUCGCUCUCGCUCCCGUUCCCACAAUGUCUGGCGGCGCCGCCGACCAGCAGAGCAGCGCGCCGGGCUCGCUGUUCCUCUCGCCGCCGGCGCCUGCCCCCAAGAAUGGCUCUAGCUCGGACUCCUCGGUGGGGGAGAAACUGGGCGCCGCAGCGGCCGAUGCCGCAGCCGGCCGGACGGAGGAGUACCGGCGUCGCCGCCAUACCAUGGACAAGGACAGCCGGGGGGCGGCCGCGACCACCACCACGGAGCACCGCUUCUUCCGCCGCAGCGUCAUCUGCGACUCCAACGCUACGGCGCUGGAGCUGCCCGGCCUCCCUCUGCCGCUGCCUCAGCCCGGCGCGGCUGCCGUGGUCCCGCAGCGGAGUCCCCCGGAACCCUCGCGCGAGGAGACCCUGACCCCCGCCGCUGCCGCCCAGGUGGCCCAGCAGCCGCCCGCCGCCGCCGCCGCUCCCCUUGAGGAGCCGGUCGCCGCGGGCCCGGCCACCUCUUCGGCCCCGGGCAGCGCGGGCAGAGACCGCCAGGCUGUCCAGCCCGGCCCCGCGGGGAGCCGAGAGGAGCCUCCGUCGUCGAGAAGUGGCAGCGGCGGCGGCAGCGCCAAGGAGCCCCAGGAGGAACGGAGCCAGCAGCAGGAUGACAUCGAGGAGCUGGAGACCAAGGCCGUGGGCAUGUCCAACGACGGCCGCUUUCUCAAGUUUGACAUCGAGAUCGGCAGGGGCUCCUUUAAGACGGUCUACAAGGGUCUGGACACCGAGACCACCGUGGAGGUCGCCUGGUGUGAGCUGCAGGAUCGAAAGUUAACAAAGUCUGAGAGGCAGCGAUUUAAAGAAGAGGCUGAAAUGUUAAAGGGUCUUCAGCAUCCCAAUAUUGUUCGAUUCUAUGAUUCCUGGGAAUCCACAGUAAAGGGGAAGAAGUGCAUAGUAUUGGUGACUGAACUGAUGACAUCUGGAACUCUUAAAACGUACCUGAAAAGGUUUAAGGUGAUGAAGAUCAAAGUUUUGAGAAGCUGGUGCCGUCAGAUUCUUAAAGGACUUCAGUUUCUUCAUACUCGAACUCCACCUAUUAUUCACCGGGAUCUUAAGUGUGACAACAUCUUUAUCACUGGCCCCACAGGCUCAGUCAAGAUUGGAGACCUAGGUCUGGCCACCCUGAAGCGGGCUUCUUUUGCCAAGAGUGUGAUAGGUACCCCAGAGUUCAUGGCCCCUGAGAUGUAUGAAGAGAAGUACGAUGAAUCCGUUGAUGUUUAUGCUUUUGGGAUGUGCAUGCUCGAGAUGGCCACGUCUGAAUACCCGUACUCAGAGUGCCAGAACGCUGCACAGAUCUACCGUCGAGUGACCAGCGGGGUGAAGCCAGCCAGUUUUGACAAAGUAGCAAUUCCUGAAGUGAAGGAAAUUAUUGAAGGAUGCAUACGGCAAAACAAAGAUGAAAGAUACUCUAUCAAAGACCUUUUGAACCAUGCCUUCUUCCAAGAAGAAACAGGGGUACGGGUAGAAUUAGCAGAAGAAGAUGAUGGAGAAAAGAUAGCCAUUAAAUUAUGGCUACGUAUUGAAGAUAUUAAGAAACUAAAGGGGAAAUACAAAGACAAUGAAGCUAUCGAGUUUUCCUUUGACUUGGAGAAAGAUGUGCCAGAAGACGUUGCUCAAGAAAUGGUAGAUUCUGGGUAUGUCUGUGAAGGUGAUCACAAGACCAUGGCGAAAGCCAUCAAAGAUAGAGUGUCGUUAAUUAAGAGAAAACGAGAACAGCGUCAAUUAGUGCGGGAGGAGCAAGAAAAAAGAAAGCAGGAGGAGAGCAGCCUCAAGCAGCAGGUGGAGCAGCAGCCCAGCACUGCCCAGGCCGGAGUCCAGCAGCCCCCUGCCACCAGCACUGGUGGACCCGCUGCCUCUGCUGCGUCUGCGUCCGUCUCCACGCAGGUAGAGCCAGAGGAGCCUGAGGCCGACCAGCAUCAGCAGCUGCAGUACCAGCAGCCUGGUGUGUCUGUGAUAUCUGACGGGACAGUUGACAGUGGUCAGGGGUCCUCUGUCUUCACGGAAUCUCGAGUUAGCAGCCAACAGACAGUUUCGUACGGGUCCCAGCAUGAGCAGGCACCUUCCACUGGCACCCUCCCAGGGCACACAGCGUCUGUUGUCCAAGCACAGGCUCAGCCCCAUGCGGUAUAUCCACCCUCAAGUUUGGUAAGACCUUCAAACCAUUAUAGACUGCUGCAUGCACAGGGGCAGAGCCAGGGUCAGCCAUCUUCAAGUAGUUUAACAGGGGUUCCAUCCUCCCAACCCAUGCAGCAUUCUCAGCAGCAGCAAGGAGUGCAGCCAACAGCCCCCUCUCAGCAGGUGGCGCAGUAUCCGCUCCCUCAGACAUCGGCCCCCAGCGAGGCCGCGAUUGCACAGCCCAUGAGUCAGCCUCCACCUCCGCAGGCCUUGCCACACGUGUCCGCGGGAAAACAGCUUCCAGUUUCCCAGCCAGUACCAACUCUCCAAGGCGAACCUCAGAUCCCAGUUGCAACACAGCCCUCAGUCGUUCCCGUCCAUGCUGGUGCUCACUUCCUUCCUGUGGGACAGCCACUCCCGCCCUCUUUACUGCCCCAGUACCCCGUCUCUCAGCUCCCCUCUGCUCCUCCUCACGUGUCUGUGGCUCAGCCAGGCUUCCCACCCCUGCCUGUCACGAUGGCAGCUGGUGUUAGUCAGCCUCUGCUCACCUUGGCUUCAUCUGCUGCGGCAGCGGCCGUCCCAGGGGCACCCGCUGUCGUCCCUAGUCAGCUUCCUGCCCUCCUGCAGCCUGUGACCCAGCUGCCAAGUCAGGCUCACCCACAGCUCCUGCAGCCAGCAGUUCAGUCCAUGGGGAUCCCCGCCAGCCUUGGACAGACUGCCGAGGCGCCACUUCCCCCUGGAGAUAUUCUCUACCAGGGCUUCCCACCUCGACUGCCAUCACAGUACCCAGGAGACUCAAACAUUGCUCCCUCCUCCAGCGCAGCUUCUGUGUGCCUGCCUUCUGCAGUCCUGUCCCCUCCCAUGCCGACAGAGGCGCUGGCUGCCCCGGGUUACUUUCCUGCAAUGGUGCAGCCCUAUGUGGAAUCCAGUCUCUUGGUUCCUGUGGGCAAUGUAGGAGGACAGGUCCAGGUGUCCCAGCCGGCAGUGAGCUUAGCACAAACCCCCACCACAUCCUCCCAGCAAGCAGCUCUGGAGAGCACUCAGGUCGUCUCUCAGGUGGCUCCUCCAGAGCCAGCUCCUGGGGCUCAGCCACAGCCUGCCCAGCCAGCCACGGUGGUCUCUUCUAUAGACAGUGCACAUUCAGAUGUGGCUUCAGGCAUGAGCGAUGGCAACGAGAACGUCCCCUCAUCCAGCGGGAGGCACGAGGGCAGGACGACAAAGCGGCUGCAUCGAAAGUCUAUAAGGAGCCGCUCUCGUCAUGAGAAGCCUUCCCGCCCAAAACUGAGAAUUCUCAAUGUUUCAAAUAAGGGAGAUCGGGUGGUAGAAUGUCAGUUAGAGACUCACAAUCGGAAGAUGGUUACAUUCAAAUUCGAUUUAGAUGGUGACAACCCUGAGGAGAUAGCCACAAUUAUGGUGAACAAUGACUUUAUUCUGGCGCUGGAGAGAGAUGCGUUUGUGGAGCAAGUGCGGGAGAUCAUUGAGAAAGCUGACGAGAUGCUCAGUGAGGAUGUCAGUGUGGAGCCAGAGGGUGACCAGAGCUUGGAGAGUCUCCAUGGCAAGGAUGACUACGGCUUCUCAGGCGCCCAAAAAUUGGAAGGAGAGUUCAAACAACCAAUUCCUGCAUCUUCCAUGCCACAACAGAUAGGCGUUCCUGCCAGUUCUUUAACUCAAGUUGUUCAUUCUGCUGGAAGACGGUUUAUAGUAAGUCCUGUGCCAGAAAGUCGAUUACGAGAAUCAAAACUUUUCACUGAAAUUUCAGAUACGGUUGCUGCUUCCACAUCUGCUGGCCCUGGAAUGAACUUGUCUCACUCUGCCUCAUCCCUUAGUCUGCAGCAGGCCUUUUCUGAGCUUAGACACGCUCGGAUGGCAGAAGGGCCGAGUACGGCCCCUCCCCACUUUGGUCAGACAGGCCCCGUGUUUCCAGCAGUGCCUCCCACCCUGAGCAGCGCCCCUGGAGCCCCGGCUGCAGCAGCCGCCGCCUCAGUGUCAGCCCCUGCCCCGAGCCACCCUCUUAGUGACGUGGCCACAUCGGCCAUUCAGGCUGAGGUGACAGUGGCCCCUGGAACAGGUGUCAUGCCUCCCAGUGGUCUCCCUGUACCCGCUGUGUCUGAGUCCCCGGCACCUUCCAGCGUGGCCCCCAGCGUCACCAUCCCUGCAGUUCUCUCGGCACUACCAGCGCCCCAGGCGGCGCAGGCUCCCACCCCCGGCGGCGGGGCCUCCAGUGCAGGCACUUUCCCCUCUGCACCCACAUCCCUGACACCAGCCUCUGCUGUGGGCAGCGCUGUUGCCUCUGCUGCUCAGCUUCCGCCUGUGCCGUCUCAGCCCUCAAUAGGCAGCUCGACCGGGGUGGCCACGCUGACAGCCGUGCCCGCUGCUGCUCUGGGCCCCAGCCUCACAGCACCGCCGUCCCUCGCUCUCAGCAGCAGUACCUCUGCCCCGGCUCUGGCGGAGACAGUGCUGGUCAGUGCCCACGCACUGGAUAAGACGGCCCAUAGCAGCACUACUGGCCUGGCUCUGUCCCUUCCUGCCACCUCGUCCUCUCCUGCCCCUGGAGCAGGAGUGUCCAGUGCUGUUUCUCAGCCUGCUGCUGCGGCUCACCCUUUGGUCCUCCCAUCAGUUGUAACCUCUACUCCCGUACUCUCCCAGGCAGGACCCAUGUCAACACCUUUACUGCCCCAGGUACCCAGUAUUCCACCCCUGGUACAGCCUGUUGUCAGCGUGCCUGCUGUGCAACAGACCCUGGUUCAUAGUCAGCCUCAGCCCGCUCUGCUCCCCAACCAGCCCCACACUCACUGUCCCGAGAUAGAUGCUGACACUCAACCCAAAGCUCCCGGGAUUGACGACAUCAAAACUUUGGAGGAAAAGCUGCGAUCUCUCUUCAGUGAGCACAGCUCUUCUGGAGCCCAACAUGCCCCCAUCUCGCUGGAGAGCUCGCUCACUGUGGAGACCGCUGUCACAGCAGGCCUCCCGACCACUGCUGUUGCACCAAGCAAGCCUCUGACUUCUACUGCCAGUACUUGCUUGCCACCAACCAGUCUGCCCUUAGGAGCAGCUGGCUUGUCAGUUAUACCAACGGUCACUCCUGGGCAAGUUUCCACCCCAGUCAGCUCUGCGCCAGGAGUGAAACUUGAAACUGCUCCAGCAAAGCCACCUUUAACUAAGCCUCCAGUGCUGCCCGUGGGCACUGAACUUCCAGCUGGUACUCCGUCCAGCGAGCAGCUGCCACCUUUUCCGGGACCUUCACUAACUCAGCCCCCGCAGCCCCUGGGAGACCUGGACGCUCAGCUGAGAAGAACCCUCAGUCCCGAGACUGGUGUGCUGAUGUCUGCCGUUGGUCCCGUGUCUGUGGUGGCUCCAACCGCGGUUGUGGAGACAGGAGCCCAACUUCUGAAGGACGCUGUUUCAGUCUCUCAAGUCACAGAAGCUCCUGUCCUUGCACCCACUUCCACAGCUGGUGUUCUGAAGAUGGGGCGAUUUCAGGUUUCAGUUGCAAUGGACGAUCCCCAGAAGGAGGGUAAAAGUAAAUCGGAGGAUGCCAAGUCUGUCCACUUCGAAUCCAGCACGUCAGAGUCCUCAGUGCUGUCAAGCAGUAGCCCCGAGAGCACCGUGGUGAAGGCAGAGCCCAACGGGCUGGCUGUCCGGGGCACCUCUGCAGAUAUGCCGGACAGCGCCCGCCAGCCGCCUGCCUCAGAAGCUGGGCAGCCUAGCAAGGUCGGCCGUUUUCAGGUGACCACCACAGCGAGCAGAGUGGGUCGCUUCUCUGUGUCCAGAACCGAAGACAAGAUGGCUGAGGUGAAGGGAGAGGAGCCAGUGGUCUCUCCUCCUUUCAUGGACUCAGAACACGACGUUCCUCCCACCGUGACGCCAAAGAAAGAGAAACCCGAACUGUCUGAGCCUUUGCAUCUGAAUGGGCCGUCUUCCGACCUGGAGGCUGCCUUCCUCAGCCGGGACGCAGAUGCUGGCUCAGGGAGCCCACACUCCCCUCCGCACCUGAGCUCCAAGAGCCUUCCUGCCCAGAGCCUCAGUCAGAGCCUCAGCAAUUCCUUCAACUCCUCCUACAUGAGCAGCGACAAUGAGUCAGACAUUGAAGACGAGGACUUAAAGUUAGAGCUUCGCCGACUACGGGAAAAACAUCUUAAAGAGAUUCAGGACCUGCAGAGUCGCCAGAAGCACGAAAUUGAGUCUUUAUACACCAAACUGGGCAAGGUUCCUCCUGCUGUCAUCAUUCCCCCAGCAGCCCCCCUUGCGGGGAGAAGGAGGCGACCCACCAAAAGCAAAGGGAGCAAGUCCAGUCGCAGCAGCUCUUUGGGGAAUAAAAGCCCUGGACCAGGUACCCUGUCUGGUCAGAGUGCAGCUUCAGUCUUGCACCCUCAGCAGACCCUCCCCGCUCCUGGCAGCGUCCCGGAGACAGGGCCCAACCAGCUGUUACAGCCCGUGAAACCAUCUCCUUCCAGUGACAACGUAUACUCGGCCUUUACCAGUGAUGGUGCCAUUUCAGUACCAAGCCUUUCUGCUCCAGGUCAAGGCUGUGCCAAGUUUAACUGUGCGUCCGAGCAGGUGACGUUCAAAGCUGGCGGCAGGAGGACGCGAUUUCUGAGGAAGAUGGUGAAAAAAGUCUGCCCUUGCAACCAGCUCUGUAGGACCAGCAGCACCAACGCCGUCGGGGGAGCUGUGAGCAGCCAGGCCGCCCCAGCUCCGCCUCCUGCCGUGACGUCCAGCAGGAAGGGCACGUUCACGGAUGACCUGCACAAGCUGGUGGACAACUGGGCCCGAGACGCCAUGAGUUUCUCAGGCAGACGGGGAAGCAAAGGACACGUGAGCUAUGAGGGCCCUGGCAUGGCAAGGAAGUUCUCUGCGCCCGGUCAGCUCUGCGUCUCCAUGACCUCAAACCUGGGCGGCUCUGCCCCCGGCUCUGCAGUGUCAGCUACCUCUCUAGGGCACUUCCCCAAGUCCAUGUGCCCCCCUCAGCAGUACGGUUUCCCUGCCCCCCCGUUUGGCACGCAGUGGAGCGGGCCGGGUGGCCCAGCACCCCAGCCGCUUAGCCAGUUCCAGUCUGUGGGAACAGCCUCCUUACAGAAUUUCAACAUCAGCAACUUGCAGAAAUCCAUCAGCAACCCCCCAGGUUCCAACCUGCGGACCACGUAGACCCGAGGCGAUCCUGGGGCAGGUUUGGGGGCAGGAGAUGGAAUGUGGGGGGUCAGGGGGCGUAGCCUGUAUGCCAACUACUAGUGCUGCAUUUAACUGGUCAUUUCUUGCCAGAAAGGAAUGUUUUAAUCCCACUUAACAGCCCUUGGAGUGGGUCCUCUCCCCUGCCCUCACCGUCGCCUGGAGUGGGAGGAAGAGAGAGGGCCGCUGUCUUGUGUGUGCUUUUUCGUCGCCCAGACCCAGCAGUGAGCUCUUGGGAAGUCAGGUUGGUCAGAAGGCUCCUAGAGAGCUCUGGAAAAGCAGAGCCGUCUGUAUUUUCAGGUGGUGAGGCUCUUCAUUUUGGUAGCCACCCCAACCCCUUACUUACUCCCUCAAUAUAAACCACAAGACAAAAAUUUAAACUAUUGGGCUCUCUCCUACCCUGUCGACCCCUACCCCCCACCCCAAUCCAACC